AUGAACAAGAGAUGUCAAGCCCUCAAGCACCACCACCUUCUUGGGAUAGUCCUCCAAAAGUUAUCCCCCUUGAAGUCCAAGAAGAACCUUCUUCCCUACCUUGAAGCAGCCGACCUGGAGACGUCUAGCCAAGCCGCAUCCUACAGAGAAGAACACCUUCUAGCCACACCAGAAGAGGAGAUUGACCCUGAACUGAUCGAGUUCGUGAAGAGAGAUCAAUUCCAUGAUCUAUAUUCGGAGUAUGCACUGGAGCACAUAGAUCACUUUGAGAGUCUUUGUGAUUCUUAUGGAGUUUCACCUUUGAGAAGAAGAUGA